AUGUAUCCCGGCGCCAGCAUGAACGCGGCGGCGGCGGCGGCCGUGGCGGCCGCGGCUCGACACCCGGGCCCGCCGCAACCCAGCCAGCCAUUCAAGUUCACGGUCCCCGAGUCCUGCGACAGGAUCAAGGAGGAGUUCAACUUCCUGCAGGCGCAGUACCAUUCGCUGAAGCUAGACUGCGAGAAACUGGCUAACGACAAGAUCGAGAUUCAGCGACACUACGUGAUGUAUUAUGAAAUGUCAUAUGGCCUAAACGUGGAGAUGCAUAAGCAGACGGAGAUAUGCAAGAGAUUGAGCAACCUUGUCACGCAAAUUUUGCCCUUUCUUUCGCAAGACCAUCAACAGCAGGUGGCUGGUGCUUUCGAAAGGGCGAAACAAGUCACGAUGACCGAAUUAAAUAGCAUAAUGGGCCAACAGAGGCCAGACAUACCGCGGUUCCUUCAGCAAAUGCACGCUCAGCAAAUACCACCGGGGGCGGCGAUAGCUCACCCGGGUCUACCUGGACUUCCCGGAUUGGGGCCAGCCGGCCUUCCGGUAUCAACUUCCGCGUCCGCGGCUUUGCUGUCUGGUCUCGGACUGACUGCCGGACCCCCCGCGGUCCCCGUGACCGCGGCCGCGCAUUCCCUGUCAAACCUGAUCGUCAAGCCUGAGAUCCACCGUGGUCAACCGGACGACCUGAAGAGCAACGGCGGUCUGAGUUCGGCGGAGGAUAGACACCGGGGCUCGAUAUCGCCGGCCGACAAGUACAACCGGGCGCGCACGCCGCAAGAGGCGACUCACACUCACCACUCUCAUCACUCGCAGAACCACCACGAUCACGCGUUGCACCCGAUGAAGAAGAUGAAGAAGGAGCACGAGGCAUGUAAGGACGCCGGACAUGUAAGUUAUCGGUGUUCCGCACAGAGUGACGGCGAGAAGAGCGACCAGGAUUUAGUUGUGGAUGACGCGAGUGACGGUCCGCCCAGUCCGGUGAUGAAUGGCGUGACGUCGCCCCGCGAAAACGGCCUCGACAAGGUUUCGUCGGUGGUGCCGUCGAUGGGGGCGGCCGGCGUGCAGACCGUGGGGAAGAAGGACAUGCCGCCGCACUCGCCCAGAAGCGGCACGAGCAGCAACGCGAGCACGCCGUCGGCCAAGAAGAUGGAGGAGCGCGAGAAGGCGACGACACCGAUCUCAAAGUCGUUCACUCCGACGUCGGGGUCAACGGUGGCGGCGAUCGGCGGCGGCAUAAAAUCGUCGAGCUCCGGCAAGCUGUCGCAGGGCCCGCCGAGCCUGCCGCCCGGCUCGGUGCCACCGCCCGCGGUCUCUUACCCGAGUUCCUUGCAUUAUCCGCCGGCCGGUCUGCCACCGCCGCAUAAUCUCGCGCCGGUAGCGCACGGCCAGCAUCCGCAUGUCGACGUGAUGGCCGCGUAUAACGGUUACGCGACGCCGCGGCCACCCGUCGCCUUGCAAACACUGUACGACCCGCACGCGGCACUGAGGACCUCCGUCGGUUCCGUCGGGACGCAAGGAGGAAAACCUGCGUACAGCUACCAUGUGUUGAGCGACGGGCAGAUGCAGCCAGUGCCGUUCCCGCAGGACGCUCUUAUGGGUCCAGGAAUACCGCGCGUCGCGCGUCAGAUUAGUACCCUCGAUCACGGCGAGGUAGUCUGCGCGGUGACAAUCUCGAAUCCGACCAAGUACGUUUAUACCGGUGGUAAAGGCUGUGUCAAAGUCUGGGACAUCGGCCAGGCUGGUAUGAACGAGGUAAAGCCUGUAUCGCAGCUCGACUGUCUGCAACGCGACAAUUACAUCAGGUCGGUCAAAUUACUUCCGGACGGUAGGACGCUAAUAGUCGGCGGCGAGGCCAGUCAGUUGAGCAUCUGGGAUUUGGCCAGCCCGACACCGAGGAUCAAGGCCGAGCUCACCUCCUCGGCGCCGGCGUGUUACGCCCUAGCCAUCUCACCGGACUCGAAGGUCUGCUUCAGCUGCUGCAGCGACGGCAACAUCGCCGUGUGGGAUUUGCAGAACCAGACCCUGGUCAGGCAAUUCCAAGGCCACACGGAUGGAGCGUCGUGCAUCGACAUCUCCGCUGACGGCUCGAAGCUCUGGACGGGCGGUCUCGACAACACCGUCCGUUCCUGGGACCUACGGGAAGGCAGACAGCUCCAGCAGCACGACUUUAACUCGCAAAUAUUCUCCCUUGGUUUUUGCCCCACCGGCGAGUGGCUGGCGGUCGGGAUGGAAAAUUCUAACGUCGAGGUUUUACACGCAACCAAGUCCGACAAGUAUCAGCUGCACCUGCACGAGUCGUGCGUACUGUCGCUGAGGUUCGCCUCGUGCGGCAAGUGGUUCGUCUCUACAGGGAAGGAUAAUCUGCUGAAUGCUUGGCGUACUCCUUACGGGGCAUCGAUAUUCCAGGCGAAGGAAUCCUCGUCGGUGCUCAGUUGCGAUAUAUCGACGGACGACAAGUACAUCGUUACCGGUUCCGGCGACAAGAAGGCCACCGUCUACGAGAUCGUAUACGUAUGAGACGUACGGAGCCGUGUGAGAGGCUAUCAACUGGCCAUUCCAUGGAAACAGAGCGCACGCCGAGAGUCCCUUCGGAACGCGGCGGAUGACGUUACGACGGAUUAUGUGAUACCGUUGUUGGUUCUCUUUGUUAUCGCUGUUGUUGCUCGUUCGUGUUUGACAAAAAAAAACAAAAACAAAGCGGGAUCGUCGGCGCGAGGCCGAGCCAAACGGACGAAUCAGAGACUUCGAUAUAUUUCCCGGAUUUUAAUGAUCGUCAGCGUUUGCACCAAAAUCUGGAAAAUGCUCGAGACUGCGAUAUAUAUAACGACGUAAAUUAAUAUCAACAGAAACGCGAUAUCGAAAAUUGCGAGAUUAUUUUAAAGAUUUGGAACAUUUGACAAAAAGAAGUAUUUUUCUUCUUAAUAUUUCCAAUAACAUUUGUAUAGAUGAUUUAUAUAGUUAGUUACUUUUUUUUCCAUUACAUUGCGAUAGAGUAGAAAAUUCUCGUAGGAUUUGCCGCCAAACAGUGUGCUAUGAAAUAAUAUCGACUUCGAGCUCGUAAAAUUUCGCAAGUUAACGUUCAGAACGAAAAAGUUGUGUUUACAGCCUCUACUGCCGAUUGUUUCGCAUUUUAUAUGCCGCUAGAUUGCGAUCCGUUUCGCUUGGCGCGCACGAUCGCUCUUUAUAAUUGUGAUUAUUCAUGUCUCUUAUCUGUACAUUUUGUAAAUAACAGGUUUUAAGUAUACCGUGAUAUUUUUCUACUACUCCGUAAGAGCGAAAUGGCAGAUGCGAGACGAUUGUAAAUAUCUCAAGAUUAAGAAAUUUACAAGAGGUCAGAUGAAAAUCAAAUAAAUGGCAUAUACGAUAA